AUGUCGUCGUCGCACGGUGGUCGCUGGUUCGUCGCAGAGGGAGAAGGACGGAACGUGUAUCGUAACAGAGAAACUAAUAAAGGGUACGUCGUGGACUAUUCGGUAAACGAAGCAGUCGCCUCAACUGACGCCCUCGUCCCUUCGUCGCACACUUUCGCAGCAUCGUCGCGAUCCGACGUGGCGUCGCCUCGAAUCGUCGCACAGGGAGCGGAAUGGGCGGACGACUUCCCGCUCUCGUUCAACAGCUUCCCCGCCCCGCCCAACCCUCGUCGCACAGGGAGCGGAAUUGCCGCUAGCUUCACCCCCGCGUGGCCCAACGCGCGCCUGGAAGGGCCGGGGGGAGCGUGGGCGGUGCCCGUGUGGGUGGAAAUAGCGGCGACGGCGGAGAGGGGAGCGGGCGGGGAUGGGGGGGAGGGCGGGGCUGGUGUGCGGGGAGGCGGAAGCGACGGUGUGGUUGCCGGGGGUGGCGGAGCGGCGGGAGCGGGUGACGGAGGCGGAGGGGGGAGCGGGCGCGGGGACGAGGAGCUGCUGUGCCCCGACUGCCGCGCGCCCCUCUCGCUCCUCUCUUUCCCCGCGCUUGCCUUCCCCCAUUCCCCCUCCUCCCCGUCCGCGUCCGCGCUAUCUCCGCCCAUGUCCGCGGCGGAGGCGCGCGCGAGCGGGCGCGCGGUGCUGUUCUGCCGCCAAUGCCAGCGAUUCACCGACAGGCCGGUGGCGGGAGGGACAGGGGAGGCGGAGAAUGGGCGGAAGGGGAAAGACGAGGGGCAGCCGCAGGUGACGGCGGAAGGGCAGUGCGCAAGCGGGGGGAAGGGGGAAGGAUUGGGGAAGGGCAAGGCCGGGGGGGGCGCGAGAGUGGGGGAGUUUGUGGAGGCGGACUGGUAUGAAGCGGACUGGAAACAUGUCUUCCCCCUUUCCGCCGUCACUCCCCCCGAGCCCCCCGCCUCUGACGCGUGGCAGUGGUCCCGCUUUGGGCGGCAACUUAGCCGCCAAGACGGCCGCCCGGGCGGCAGGUCUGCGCGCAGCGAGCUGGACGGGAUGAUGGGCGGGGCGAGCGGGGGGGAAGGGGGGAGCGCGCGGAGGGAUGCGCGGGAGGAGUAUGUGAAUCGGUUCAAGGCGAGUUUGCAGGGAGGCCCCCCCGCCCCGCCUCCGCCCCCGUCCCCCCUGGCCGCGCCCACGCAGAUCCCCCCCGCGCCUGGCGCGGGUGCGGGGGAGAAGCGGGGGAGGGGCCAGCAGAGCGGGGGAGGGGAGGGGAGGGAGGGGCGGGAAGGGCGGGAAGGGCGAGAGGGGAGGGAGGGGCAUGUGCCGUGUUUUGGGGCGGCAGGGGGAGGGGGGGACGGGACAGAGCACAACUGGGGAGGGGCGAAUCUGGGGGAGAAUCUGCCCACGCCCAAGCAGAUCCGGGCAGCUCUGGAUGAAUUUGUGAUCGGGCAGGAUAAUGCGAAAAAGGUUUUGGCAGUGGCAGUUUACAAUCACUACAAGCGCAUCUUUCUUGAAAACCAGAAGCGGGAAAGACUUGCCAACCUGCCAGAGGGGGCGUGCGAGAACCUGGUGGGGGGCGGUGAGGAGGACGAGGUGGAGGUGGAGAAGAGCAACGUGCUGCUGAUGGGUCCCACGGGUUCAGGCAAGACCCUACUGGCCAAGACUCUGGCUCGGUUUGUCAACGUGCCAUUCGCCAUUGCUGAUGCCACCACUCUCACUCAGGCUGGUUAUGUGGGAGAGGACGUGGAGAUGAUUCUCUAUAAGCUGCUGCAGAGCGCCAAUUUCAGUGUGUCAGCAGCGCAGCAGGGCAUCGUGUAUAUCGACGAGAUCGACAAGCUUACCAAGAAGGCAGAGGGCAUCACGAGCACACGGGACGUGUCAGGGGAGGGCGUGCAGCAGGCGCUUUUGAGGAUGCUCGAGGGCGCUGUGAUCAAUGUGCCAGAGAAAACAGGGAGGAAGAAUCCAAGAGGCGAGUUCAUACAGCUGGACACACAGAACAUUCUCUUCAUCUGUGGAGGGGCAUUCGUGGAUCUGGAAAAGACGAUUGCAGAGAGGAAGCACAAGUCAUCCAUCGGCUUCGGGGCCCCCGUGCGCGCAUCGCUGCGCAACCGAUCGGUGCUUGACGCCCGCACUGCCGGCUCGCUGCUGCAAUCGGCAGAGAGCACGGAUCUGAUAGCCUAUGGGCUCAUCCCUGAGUUUGUGGGGCGAUUCCCCGUGCUGGUGGGGCUGCAUGCGCUCACAGAGGAGCAACUCGUGCAGGUUCUCUUAAAGCCCAAGAACGCCCUCAGCAAGCAAUUCGCCAAGCUAUUGGCCAUGAACAACGCCCGCUUGCACAUGACGGAGGGGGCAGUGAGGGCCAUAGCGCGCAGAGCAGCAGCGCGAAACACGGGGGCCAGGGGGCUGCGAUCGCUGCUGGAGGGGCUGCUCACCGAGGCUAUGUACGAGGUCCCCAGCAAUCUGGUGGAAGCAGUGGUGCUGGACGAGGCAUCGGUGGGGCACGAGGGGGAGGAAGGGGAAGAGGGCAAGCCGGUCCCCAGCAGUCUAGUGAAGGCAGUUGUGUUGGACAAGGCAUCGGUGGGGCACGAGGGGGAGGAGGGGGGCGACGGGGUCCCCAGCUCUCUGGUGGAAGCAGUGGUGCUGGACGAGGCAUCGGUGGGGCACGAGGGGGAGGAGGGCGAGGACGGGGUACCGGGGUGUGGGGCCCACAUACUGCAAGGGGAGGGCUCGUGGGAGCGGUGGUUGCAGGAUAACGAGGGGGGAGGAGAGAAGGCGGGAGGGAAGGGAGAGGAGGGCCAAGGGGGAGGAAGCAAGGGAGGCUCAUCUGGGGGAGGUGGAAGUGAUGAGGAAUCGGAUGCAGCUCCUGCUCUUGCCACAGCCACUGCAGCUUGA